AGCUUUCAUGUCAAAGCGGGGACUUUUCAGUUUCAGACCGUACUAGUACAUUCAUCGACUUCUCCUCAGAUCGAGCCAGUCACGCUUAAUGGAUGCAGAAAAAUGGAGCUGCCAUGGCUGCUCGUGCCGUCUUUUAUCCUUCUGCUGAAUGGAGUUGAAUUGUGUCGUUCAGAUAAUGCCAAACUCUCUCAGUCAUUCAUCAGAAAGAUCACAGAGGCCGCAAAUAAUUACCAGCCAUGCAGUCAGGAGAACUGCAGCUGUCAUCUCAGUGUCCUGAGAGAUGACCUCAGGCCGUUUAAAAAUGGCAUAUCUGAGGGGCUGAUGGCAGACACAGUCCACAGAGGUGUCGGUACUCACUACCAGAUCAUCGGCAACAACUUGUACAGAGAACAAAGCUGCAUGUUUCCAGCAAGAUGCAGUGGUGUUGAGCACUUCAUCCUAAAAGUGAUUAACCGGUUGCCAGAUUUGGAGGUGGUUAUCAAUGUGCGUGACUAUCCACAGGUGCCUGGAUGGGUUCAGCCAGCCUUGCCUGUACUUUCUUUCAGUAAGACAGCAGACUACCAGGACAUCAUGUAUCCUGCGUGGACGUUUUGGGAGGGAGGUCCUGCUGUAUGGCCCAUUUACCCCACUGGACUGGGCCGGUGGGACCUCAUGAGGGAUGACCUGAAAAAAUCAGCUGCUCAAUGGCCCUGGAAGAAGAAAAAUCCAAAAGGAUUCUUUAGAGGCUCUAGGACAAGUUCAGAAAGGGACCCUCUGAUCCUUCUCUCAAGAGAAGCCCCUGACCUCGUGGAUGCUGAGUACACCAAGAACCAGGCCUGGAAGUCAGAGAAGGACACUCUGGGUAGACCUCCAGCCAGAGAAAUCCCUCUAGUUGAGCACUGUGAAUACAAAUACCUUUUUAACUUCAGAGGAGUGGCUGCUAGCUUCCGUUUGAAGCAUCUGUUCCUGUGUGGGUCAUUGGUUUUUCACGUUGGAGAGGACUGGCUUGAGUUCUUCUACCCUCAGCUCAAGCCUUGGGUUCACUACAUUCCUGUCAAACAGGACUUGUCUGAUCUGAGAGAGCUGCUUCAGUUUGUGAAAGAAAAUGAUGCUGUAGCCCAAGAAAUUGCUAUAAGGGGCCAGAACUUUAUUUUGGAUCAUCUCCGUAUGGAGGAUGUGUCUUGUUACUGGGAGAAUCUACUGGUUGACUUCAGCAAACUGCUCAAAUACAAACCCAAGAGAAAAUCUAAUUACAAUCAGAUCAUCCACAGAGGCAGCAGAUCUGAACUCUGACCUGAGGAAAUCAUAACACGGGAGACCACCCUCGAUUUGUUUCCCUUGACUGUUGCUUUUCAUUUAAACUGAUCUUAACAAGCUGAAAAGAGGGUUUAAAGGCAGCUCUGUGUAGUCAAUCCAUUGAAUUCUGCCAAAUGUCUCAUAAGACUGUCUGUAUUGCUUCAAAGGUUGAAAUGUUUCAAAAUCAGUUAAGUGUUCUGCCUUAUUAAAAAAAGCAGACCCUCAUCCUCUGGAUGUCAGAAAUAUCACAUAGCUAAAAUAUGCCUGGUGUCUUCAUAGCAUUCAUCGGACUCAACACAAAUCUUUAUGGUCAUGAGAAGUCCGUUUGAAAUGUGCUGUUAAAUCUGAUGCGGGUGUAGCACAAAGCAAUCCUGUUAGCUUAAAACUCAACCGCUUCAUCCUGGUCUUAGUGGAGUUGUUACUGUUUAAGCAGCACGUCUUUUUCCCCCUGUUGAAAGUUAUGAAAGUUAUUUUUCCUUUGCAGACUAACGGUUUAUUUCAGCCGAAUAGUUAGGGACUAGUUAUUUAAAGUGUCAUAAGUCAAGCCAGGUCCUGCCGUCUAGGUCAUAAGAACACAUUCAAUAUGUUUAUUACACGAAGUGAUGUUAACAGAUUACUUUGAUCAAGUGCAGAAUGGUUUUUUGUAGUAAAAAUUCUCUGGAACUGGAUGAUGGUGAUUUUGGUAAAAACUAUUUUUACCAUUUUUAAUCGUUGGAACAAUACCAGCAAAACCUCAGUAAAACAGUGUUGGUAAAGUAUUGACAUUCAUUUUGAUUUAACACUUAAGUGCCACUAGAGGAUUGUUUGAAUGUAAGCGUAGCUGAUUUGAUACUGAGAUGUUGAAUAUGUUCUAGUAUUCCAGUAGGUAAUUUUUUUUUGUCAUCUUGUCUGUAGAUUUAAUUUUUCAGUGUUUCAAUAAAGGUCAUCCUGAACAAUAAAA